UUUCAAAGCUCGCCCCCCUCCUCCAUACCUUUCGCCUCCCUCCUUGCCUCUCCAAGGAUCUCGCUCAUCCUCUAAUCUUCUUCGCUUCGUUUCGUGUGCUCUCUCGCAGGGAAGCCACCAUGGUUGAGCAGGUCCAGCACCCAACAGUUGUUGAGAAGGUUGCAAGCCAGCUCCAUCUCCGAUAUGGUCUCUCACCUAAUAUGCAGAGUUAUGAUGGCAGUUUCCAUGGGCCUGCUGUUUACCAGAGGCGCUCAUUCGGAAACUACUCAAAUGCUGCAUUGCAAUAUCCCGUGAUCCCUGCAUGCAGAGCUACUACUGAUCUCUCCUCUGUUGCAACAACUGCUUCCCCUAUCUUUGUGGCAGCUCCAGCGGAGAAAGGCAACUUUCUUAUUGACUUUCUCAUGGGUGGUGUUUCAGCAGCUGUAUCCAAAACUGCUGCUGCCCCCAUUGAGCGUGUUAAGCUUUUGAUCCAGAACCAGGAUGAGAUGAUCAAAUCUGGUAGGCUUUCUGAGCCCUACAAGGGUAUUGGUGACUGCUUUAAGAGAACGAUGAAGGAUGAAGGUUUGGUUUCCUUAUGGAGAGGUAACACUGCCAAUGUCAUCCGUUAUUUCCCCACUCAGGCUUUGAACUUUGCUUUCAAGGACUACUUCAAGAGGCUCUUCAACUUCAAGAAGGACAGGGAUGGGUACUGGAAAUGGUUUGCUGGAAACUUGGGCUCUGGAGGUGCUGCUGGUGCUUCAUCUCUUCUGUUCGUUUACUCCCUUGACUAUGCUCGUACCCGUUUGGCUAAUGAUGCAAAGGCUGCAAAGAAGGGUGGAGAAAGGCAAUUCAAUGGACUUGUUGAUGUCUACAGGAAGACAUUGGCAUCUGAUGGUGUUGCUGGGCUUUACCGUGGUUUCAACAUCUCAUGUGUUGGAAUCAUCGUCUACCGUGGUCUCUACUUUGGAAUGUAUGAUUCCCUGAAGCCAGUUCUCCUCACUGGAAAAUUGCAGGAUAGCUUCUUUGCUAGCUUUGCCCUCGGAUGGCUCAUCACCAAUGGUGCAGGUUUGGCAUCAUACCCAAUUGACACAGUUAGAAGAAGAAUGAUGAUGACCUCCGGAGAAGCUGUCAAGUACAAGAGCUCCUUGGAUGCAUUCUCUCAAAUCCUCAAGAACGAGGGUGCCAAAUCACUGUUCAAGGGAGCUGGUGCAAACAUCCUCCGUGCCGUUGCUGGUGCUGGUGUGCUCGCUGGGUACGACAAGUUGCAGGUGAUAGUUUUCGGAAAGAAGUAUGGUUCUGGUGGUGCUUAAGUUCCUCAAUGCAGUCAUGCUUCUUUUAGUUUUAGAUGGUGAUGAAAAUGGUUGAGCUCUCAGAGAAUUGUUGACUAAUUGCUGCGGCAAAUUUUGGUUAAUAAUUUCAUUCAAUGGGAGAUGAAUCCCAGAACAUAAGUUACAAUUUUGGAUCAAAAUUUCUGGUCCUAUAAACAUGAUGAUUUAUUUGGGUGGCAGGAAAGUUAACUGGCACUCGGAGUUUCCCUUUAGAUGUUUCUACACACCUUGUUCUAGAAGAUUAAAUCUCUUAUCAUUCGUAGAAUAAAAUGCUGCUGAGCCUUUUGAUUUA